UCAGGAUCAUCUGCCCAGCCUGUCUGCUGUGAGGAGAGAGGAGGACAUGUUCAUGCUGCCUGCCCUGCCAGCCCAGGAGGAGGAGAGAGAGAGGAGCAGCUCAGAGGAGCAGGAGGAGCAGGAGGAGGAGGACAGCGGUCACAUCUACCAGGGGGAUUUCUAUGAAGACUCUAACUCUGUGGACAUCAACUCUGAGGAGUUUUCUGCCAUGCCUCCUGAGGUGAAACAUGAGAUCCUUAAAGACAUGAAGGAAUUCAGCAAGAGACGACGCACCAUGUACCACACCCCCCCUGAGCGGUCAGGGGACUUCUCCCAGUACCAGCUAGCAGGGCUGCUGCAGAGGAACAAGCUGAACGUGCGUCUGGAGGGGGUGGAGAGAGAGAUGUCCAACCGUAGUGCUGGGAACGCCCCGGGGGUGGAGCUAUACAACCAGGGGGAGGGGCACAGCGUGGAGACACGACGCCUCCUCUCAGAAGACUCCACCCACUACAUCCUCAUCAAAGGUCCGAAGAAGACCAACAACAGUGAGAGGGUGCCAGACAUCCAGCCUGCGGCCUCUCCCUGGUUGGGUGGUCCCCUGUCAGGGAGGGUUAGGACGGGGGGAGGGGAGAGACCUGAGCCCCUUUGGAGACCCAUCUCAGAGGAGGAGAGCCUGGAGGAGGGCCCCUCAUCAUCGUCUAAACGUCCCCAGGACCCGAGCCCGAGCCUGGGGAAUACAGCACCCAUCUCCCCCCGGACACUGAAGGCCAUCCAGGCUGCCAUGGAUGGCAGCUUCUCAGAGGAGGAGGAGGAGGAUAGCUCUUGGGGUAGGGGAGGGAGUAGGGCUGAGGAGGAGGAGGGGGGUGGCAGUGUGUCUCCUCGUACCCUCCUGGCCAUUCAGCGAGCCACGGGAGAAGAGUUGGACGUAGGCCCGUCCCCAUAUGCCACCAUGAUUGGCAGUUCUCCUGUUAAACCCCACCCUCCCAGUCCCCAGCGUCCUGCGAACCGACUGUUUGUCAUCAGCAGCUCAGAGGAGGAGACUGAAGGGAAGGACACGCCCCCGAGGACAUCUCUGACCAAUGAGGACAGGCUUGGGGUGGAGAAGGGGGAUGAGCAACAGUCGCCCCUCCCCCUUCGCCUCCCCAUUCCUCCUGCGGACAGGGUGCUCCUCAGCAUGGAGGAGGAAACCGUCAGCAGGAGGAGCAGGGAGGAGGUGGAGCAAGCCAUCGACAACAGGAACAGAGCUUUCCACUCUGCAGUGGGUCAGGGGGACAGUUUGGGUCAGGCUCUCUGUGUUAUUCCCCCAUCAGGCCUUGGUCUAAACAGAGAGGAGGAGACUGGGAGGAGCAGCCUAGUGACUGGGCCUUUACCUCCCUCGCAGGAGGAGAGGAAGGGACAGAACACCGGGGAGGAGAGGAAUGGACAGAACACCGGGGAGGAGAGGAAUGGACAGAACACCGGGGAGGAGAGGAAUGGACAGAACACCGGGGAGGAGAGGAAUGGACAGAACACCGGGGAGGAGAGGAAUGGACAGAACACCGGGGAGGAGAGGAAUGGACAGAACACCGGGGAGGAGAGGAAUGGACAGAACACCGGGGAGGAGAGGAAUGGACACCGGGGAGGAGAGGAAUGGACAGAACACCAGGGAGGAGAGGAAUGGACAGAACACCGGGGAGGAGAGGAAUGGACAGAACACCAGGGAGGAGAGGAAUGGACAGAAACCGGGGAGGAGAGGAAUGGACAGAACACCAGGGAGGAGAGGAAUGGACAGAACACCAGGGAGGAGAGGAAUGGACAGAACACCAGGGAGGAGAGGAAGGGACAGAUUGUGAAGAUGGAGGACAGUGAUUCAGAGAGCUUCAUUGACGUGUCUGAGGGGGAGGAGCUAAAGGAGGAGGAGACAGAUGAUUCGCUGAUAGAGGUUGAGGGCGGUGCUCCAGCUAAGGCACAGGAAGACGUGGCCAAGAAGGAGGAGGAGGAGGUUUUAAGUAGCAGAGCUAACCCUCUGGAAGAGAGGGAGGAGGACGAGGAGCCCCAGCCUCCCACAGAGCCCAGCCCAGAUCCUCCUGCCCCAGCUUCUGUUCCUCUACCCAACGAGUGGGAAGACAUCAACGUGGAUGAGCUGGUGGCGCUAGAGAGCAGUCUUGGAGAGCAGCAGUCCAGGCUGAGGGAACAGAAGCAGCAACAGGAACGCAUCGCUGCCACCGUUACCGGACAGAUGUGUCUGGAGAGCCAGGAGCUGCUGAGGUUGUUUGGCGUACCCUUCCUGGUGGCUCCCGGUGAGGCCGAGGCCCAGUGUGCAGCCCUGGACCGGACCGACCAGACCCACGGAACAAUCACCGAUGACAGCGACGUCUGGCUGUUCGGGGGACGACACGUCUACAAGAACUUCUUCAGCCAGAACAAAUACCUAGAAUACUACCAGUAUGUAGACCUACAGAACCAACUGGGUGUGGACCGUACCAAGCUGAUUAACCUGGCCUACCUGCUGGGUAGUGACUAUACGGAGGGAGUCCCGGGGGUGGGCUAUGUGACGGGCAUGGAGAUACUCAACGAGUUCCCAGGACCUGGUACGGAACCAGUCAGCAUGUUCAGUGAGUGGUGGUCCUUGGCCCAGGAGCAGCAACGUCUGACCUCUGACCCCCGUGACUCCAAGGUCAAGAGGAAACUGAGAGGGCUUCGGCUGCGGCCGGGCUUCCCCAACCCUGCCGUGGCAACUGCCUACCUGCAGCCCAGCGUCGACCUAUCAGAAAGCUCCUUCAGCUGGGGCCGCCCACACCUCGACCUCCUCAAGGAGUUCUGUGAGAGUCGUUUUGGUUGGAACAGCAGGAAGACAGAAGAGACUCUAUAUCCUGUUAUCAAACAGCUCAACACACAACAGACCCAGCUGCGUAUUGACUCGUUCUUCCGUCUGGAGCAGCAGGAGAGACAGGCCAUCAAGAGCCAGCGCCUCCGCCGGGCUGUCACCUGUAUAAAGAGGAAAGAGAGGGAGGACGGAGGGAGGGAGGAGAGGGAGGAGAGGGAGGACGGAGGGAGGGAGGAGAGGGAGGACGGGGAGAGGGAGGACGGAGGGAGGGAAGAGGAAGAAGAGGGGAUUGGCUCUCCGUCCAAGGCUAAAAGAGGGAAGAGGUCAGAGCCAAAGCAGAGGAAGAGAGAGGUGGAGGAGGGGACAGGAGGAUUCCUGGGGGCAGAGGUCAGUAAGCCUGCUCAAGAGGAUGUGGGAAGAGCCAACCAUGAUGUGGGAGUGGCCAGCCAAGAAAGAGAGAAAGUUAGUCAGAAUAUGGGAGGGGCCAGCCUGGCUGUGGGAGGAGCCAGCCAGCAGAGGAAAGAAGUGCUUCCUCCUCCUAAUAACGGAGUACCUCAACCUAAACUCCCCAAUAGGACGGAGCAGAAUGACAGCAGCAGUUCCGGGGACGACAGCGACGGUGACAGCGGGGUCGCCAUGGUAACGGCCCAGUCAGUGUUUAGGGGCCAACCGAGAGAAGGGAGGGGUGGUAAGAGAGGUGGGAGGGGGGGAAAGAGAGGCAGAGGAAGGAAGACACUGUGAGAACUAUCAACUCUCGACCGUCUCUUGUUGAUGAUGUCAUCAGAGGGAUAUAUUUGACCAAUAAACAGGCGCUGAAACCACUGUGAUGCGUUUUCUGAAUGAUGUUUAGAAUGAUGAGGGAUGAUGUUUGAAACGGUGUGAAAGAUGGCGCUGUGUAAACCCAUGAAGUUAGAUGGCGCUGUGUAAACCCAUGAAGUUAGAUGGCGCUGUGUAAACCCAUGAAGUUAGAUGGCGCUGUGUAAACCCAUGAAGUUAGAUGGCGCUGUGUAAACCCAUGAAGUUAGAUGGCGCUGUGUAAACCCAUGAAGUUAGAUGGCGCUGUGUAUGAGGCGUCUCUGGCCGUUUGUUGGUGUAUUUUCUAUGUUUGUGAUGAAUAUUUGGAAUAAUUAAAAUGUUUUUGUAUUACAAA